CAUGUUACAUUACGCAACAUUUAUAAACCCUUUUCUCUGGCAGGUUUCGGAGACCAUAUUCAUUGGAGAACACUAGAAGAUGGGAAGAAAGAAGCAGCAGCCAGUGGCUUGCCCCUUAUGGUUAUCAUCCACAAGUCUUGGUGUGGAGCUUGUAAAGCUUUAAAGCCAAAGUUUGCUGAAUCCAAGGAGAUCUCUGAACUUGCCCAUAAUUUUGUUAUGGUCAACCUUGAGGAUGAUGAAGAGCCAAAGGAUGAAGCCUUUAGUCCUGAUGGGGGUUACAUUCCCCGAAUCCUUUUCAUGGAUCCCAGUGGAAAAGUCCACCCAGAGAUCAUAAAUGAGAAAGGAAACCCCAGCUACAAGUAUUUCUAUACCAAUGCUGAUCAAGUUGUUCAAGGGAUGAAGGAGGCCCAGGAGAAGCUAACAGGUGAUGCUUUCAAACAAAAACACCUGGGAGACGAACUAUAAUAAAUACACCAAAUUAUGCUUUUUCAUCACUUCAAACUCUAAAAUUAAAUGAUUCUGGUUUUGUUUUUGUUUUUAUUUUUUUAUUAAACAAUUAAAGAAGUCAAGAACGUAGAUACACUGGAGGGACAUAAUUCUCCUGUAAACAAAGUUAGAUUAAACCCUGUUUGAAAUGCACACGCAUGCAUUACAGUGUUAUCUCCUCUUCUGCCUGGCAGGUUGUACUGUAACGGUCACUUGCAGCUAGGUAAUGUGCAAACACACUGAUCCCAGAAUAGAGGUUCUGUCCCUGCCUGUAGGACAGCAACCACUAGUAUUCUGUGUUAAAAGGGAGGUGUGUGGGGGCAACAUGCAUCUGAGGAAAAACAGUGUGAUUGGAGUAAUCAGAAGUAGCCAACGUUUUGAUGUUUAAUCAGGGUUUGAUCCGUCUCUGCUCACCGAUAUUAUGUGAUCUCAUUGUUUUUACUGGGGAUAUUCAGAUGAAUGGGGCAUGUUCCUGGGCCAGAUGUUGUUCAGACAUUCCUAACCGUUAAUUCUGCCACUAAACCAAGUAGAAUAGAUUUCAUGAAUGUCCAAGAAGCAUGUGAAAUUAUUAGCUCUGCAAGCAUAUUUUUAUGUAGAAUUCCGUGUGGUGAUUUAUCUUCAUUUGCCUGUGGGCAGAAAUUGAACUUAUUCCUUGUGCACUCACCUUUUGAUUGUUUUAUGAAGUGAAGGUGGGUUAUGUUCAAACAUUAUGGGGAUUCCCCUUUUAUUCUUUGAAUGUUUUUGGAGAAUGCCUUGUCAUCACAUUGUACUGUAUUUUUGUACCAGGGUGAAAAAUUAAACAUUUUUAAACAUAAA